UCGCAGUGUGCAGUCCGUGGUUCUUCAUGACACGCGCGUCUGCAUCUACACCGGACGCACGAGGACUAUAUAACUCACAAAACGACACUUCAACCGACCCGGACAAGCGUACAGUACUGCGUUAAUAACAGAGGGUGAUGCCAACAUCUGAAGAUCCUCUGUGUCACCGUCACCACAACCCGAAACCCGAUCCGACCGGGUCUGCCUUCAUCCGACUGCUGUGUUUGGAGCGGACGAUGUGAAGACAUUCGCGUUCAACCGAGCGAUGCGUUUCUCGCGUCCGUGCCAGCUGACGGGGACGCGUUCGAAUCCAUGACAUCAGUUAUACGGGGAAAUAAUUUUUAAAAGAGAUUUUGAGAAUACGAAUAAAGUGAAUACACCGACAUCUGCAACUAAAGAUUUAUUCCAGUGAAGAUCACAAGGACUUCAGACGGACGAAUAAUCGCGCUUAUUUCGCGAAUAUUUUAACUAUUUGUAUUUUUGCAAAAACUCUACUUUUGAACACACUGUUUUGAUUUAAUUUUUGUUCACCUGAAAGUGUUUUAUGCUCUCACAAAGUAAAAAUUAAAUCAGAUUUCACCUGGGGGAAUCUACAUCUCUAUUACAGAUCAGGUACAAAUAUCUCUGUGGAGUAACAACAGAACUUUGUUUUACUUUAUUCCACAGUGGUUGGAACUUACUAGAAAGCUGUGUUGACAGUCCUGCACAAGACUUGGUGGGAUUUUUGAACACUCUACAUCUGCCAUUAGGUUCAUCUAUAAAGAUCAACUGGCCAUCUAAGCGUUUAAUUCAUAAAAACAUCUUUAAACCUCCCAAACCAUGGAUCUCAAAACCGAAUCAGAUGAUAACCUGGACUGUGAGCGUCCAGCAUCCGUCGAGGCUUUUGCGAGCCGCUCCACGCUUCAUGGCAUCUCACACAUGUUCAGUUAUGAACGGCAAUGUAUUAAACGAUGCCUCUGGAUCAUGUUUUUCAUGGGCUCGCUGUCGUUCCUGCUGAUCGUGUGCGUGGACCGCAUCAAAUUUUACUUCCAGUAUCCCCACGUCACAAAGCUGGACGAAGUCACAGCACAUAAGAUGACGUUUCCCGCCGUGACCUUCUGCAACCUGAACUCUUUUCGCUUCAGCCGCGUCAUGCGCAACGACCUGUAUCACGCGGGCGAACUGCUCGCGCUGCUGAACGGCAGGUAUGAGAUCCGGGACACACACCUGGUGGAGGAGAGCGUUCUCAUGGCCCUAAAGGAUAAAGCGGACUUCUCCAGCUUCAAGCCCCGCCCAUUUAACAUGCGCGAGUUCUACGACCGGACAGGUCACGACAUUAAAGACAUGCUCCUGUCCUGUUACUACAGAGGACUCGAAUGCAGCGCUGAGGACUUCAGUGUGGUCGUGGACCGAGUCGUCUACUACUUCCAGUACGACCACGUCACCAUUCUGGACGAGCGCAAUGCUAAAAACAUGACUUUCCCCGCCAUCACCCUCUGCAAUUACAACAUGUUCCGCCGCUCGCAGCUUAGCUACAGCGACCUGCUUUUCAUGGGUCCGCUGCUGGGCUAUGAGGACAACAUGGCCCCUGGGAUCCCCUUGGCCCCGGAGCCCGACAGACAGGGCUCUCGGUUCAGCCUGGCAGAGUUCUUCAAUCGGACACGUCACCGCAUGGACGACAUGCUGCUGGAGUGCAAUUUUGCAGGGAUGGAGUGCGGGCCAGAACAUUGGAGAGAGAUCUUCACCAGAUAUGGAAAGUGUUACACCUUUAACUCUGGGCAGGACGGCCGUCCGCUGAUGGUGACUAUGAAGGGUGGGAUGGGAAAUGGCCUGGAACUGAUGCUGGACAUCCAACAGGACGAGUAUCUGCCCGUGUGGGGUGAAACCGAUGAGACAUCGUUCGAGGCCGGGAUUAAAGUCCAGAUUCACACGCAGGACGAGCCGCCCUUCAUCGAUCAGCUGGGAUUCGGAGUGGCUCCAGGUUUCCAGACGUUUGUCUCCUGUCAGGAACAGAGGUUGACAUUCCUUCCUCCGCCGUGGGGCGACUGUAAAUCAUCAGCCAUGGACUCAGAUUUCUUCAGUUCAUACAGCAUCACUGCCUGCCGCAUUGACUGUGAGACUCGCUAUCUGGUGGAGAACUGCAACUGUCGCAUGGUGCACAUGCCCGGAGACGCUCCAUACUGCACACCAGAACAGUAUAAAGAGUGUGCAGAUCCAGCUUUAGAUUUUCUGGUGGAGAAAGACAACAAUUAUUGCGUGUGCGAGACGCCCUGUAACACGACGCGUUACGGUAAAGAGCUGUCAUUCGUCAAGAUCCCCAGCAAAGCCUCUGCCAAAUAUCUGGCCAAGAAGUUCAACAAAACCGAGCAGUACAUUGCAGACAACAUCCUGGUCCUGGACAUCUUCUUUGAGGCCCUGAACUACGAGACGAUCGAACAGAAGAAGGCCUACGAGUUAGCGGGACUUCUCGGUGACAUCGGUGGACAGAUGGGUUUGUUUAUUGGUGCCAGUAUCUUGACCAUACUGGAGCUCUUUGACUAUCUGUAUGAGGUGAUCAAGUAUAAAGUGUGUCGCUGUGCCAAGAAGAAAAAUCAGAGGAGCAACAACAACGAGAGAGGAGCCGUACUCAGCCUGGAUGAUGUAAAGCGUCACACUCCGUGCGACAACCUUCAUACCCCAUCGACCUACCCGGCCAACAUGCUACCUCACCAUCCUGGUCAGGGCAACUUUGAAGACUUCACCUGUUGAGAACCGCAAGAGCAGCUGUCUGAUGGAGAACAACCAAAGCUGACCACACGAGAGGAUCAUAGACCACGUCACAGACAUAACAAAACAUCUUCUACACCAGACGCUAGAAGAAAAACGAAACUAUAUUUUCACAAGUACAUUUCAUGCAAAUGUGCAAAACUUGUUUUGAUGAAAAUACUGCCUCAAAAACGAAACUCCUGGAAGCCUCGUGACCUUCGGACGUUUUCGCGAAGGCUCCGUGGUGAUUUACUCGGACAUCGAAACUGGACCCUGAUGCCUUUGUGUACAUAGUGACUGUUUAAACUGUCUUCAGAUCAGUGGCUUAUGUAGAUGAGUAGAUGAAUAUAGCGCUUAUUCACUGUAUGUAGCUUCAUUAUAGUCUCAUCUCUGGCUCCUGAUGGACUCAGACUCAUUGUAUCUCAUAUGAAUGUAACUUCCAGAACAAGAUGAUCAUUACAUGCGUUUGGGGGGGGGGGGUUUGGAAAGUUUAGGUGCUGUAUGACAUUGACGUGAGCUUGAGCCAUGUUGGAUUAAUCUUUUUUAUGCAUGCUGGUCAUCACUUUAUUAUUAUUAUUACUAUUAUUAUUGCUGGUUUGCCUUAAUUAUAUACAGGUGUUGGAUGACGGUAUAAUCCAUGUCUGUGUUAGUUUGUGUGAAGAUUCAUUAUGGUGUGUGUUCUGGAAAAGUCUUUCUAGCAAAUCCUUGUUUGGAUGUAAAUGCAUCAGUCGCUCAUAUAAAGGCAGAAGUAUAGUCAAUUUUUACGUGUACGCGAGGGUAUUUUCGUCACCAGAAUGCGCAAAUAAACUCUUUUGCAAGGCUAUGCAUUCAACAUGUUCGCGUACACGUAUAAAAACAAACUAUACUCGGGGCUUAAGCGUUUACUAACACUACAGUUGUGUGUUUGUGUGUGUGUGCUUGAGUGUAUCUGUAUCUCUUCAUGAAUGACUGUUUCGUCUUAUUUUGAAAUACGUUAGUGGAAAGUUAACCGUUUCUUGUUUCUUUGAAUUUUGUUACUGCUGAGACGUAUUUGUUGGAUGUCUCAUCAAAGCACAAAGACCUGAUAUGUAAAGUUGUUAAAGAAUGAUAAAACAAUAUGAUCAGUGUUACUAUCAGACUCAUAAUAUUGUUUUUUGUUGUUUUUACUACAAACAUACAUAUUGCCUGAUCGUUCGUCAGCAUCUCUGCAGAUAAUAGGCUGUUCUAUUUAUCUAUGAAGGUAUAAUAAAUAUCAUUCAUAAUUUUACAAA